AUGGCUGCGCCGGUGGUAGCCGAAGAUCAGGCCCGGUUACUCGAGGAUGCUCUCAUCGCUGUGCGCCAACAGACGGUGCUGAUGCGCAAAUGUCUGGACACGCCUGGCAAGCUGAUGGACGCCCUUAAGUGCUGCUCCACCCUCGUCUCGGAGCUGCGUACGAGCAGCCUUGGCCCCAAGCAAUACUACGAGCUCUACAUGGCCGUUUUCGACGCGCUACGCUACCUGUCGGUCCACUUGCGCGAAAACCACCCCGUCAACCACCUGGCCGACCUCUACGAGCUUGUCCAAUACGCCGGCAAUAUCAUUCCCCGCCUCUAUCUUAUGAUCACCGUCGGCACUGCUUACAUGGCCGUCGAAGGCGCCCCCGUCAAGGAACUCAUGAAGGAUAUGAUGGACAUGAGCCGCGGCGUCCAGCACCCAAUACGCGGCUUAUUCUUGCGCUACUACCUCUCCGGCCAGGCGCGUGACUACCUGCCCACCACCGACAGCGACGGACCAGAGGGCAACCUGCAGGACUCUAUCAGCUUUAUCCUCACCAACUUUGUCGAGAUGAACAAGCUUUGGGUCCGGCUGCAGCACCAAGGCCACUCCCGCGAGCGCGAGCAACGCACACAGGAACGCAAGGAGCUGCAGCUGCUCGUCGGCACCAACAUUGUGCGCCUCAGCCAGCUCGUCGACCUCGAAACCUACAAGAACACCAUUUUGGCACCUUUGCUCGAGCAGGUCGUCCAGUGCCGCGACGUGCUUGCCCAGGAGUACCUGCUGGAAGUCAUCACCCAGGUCUUCCCCGACGAGUUCCACUUGCACACCCUCGACCAGUUCCUCGCCGCUGUCUCUAAACUUAACCCGCACGUCAAUGUGAAGGUCAUCGUCGUCGGCCUGAUGGACCGCCUGUCUAACUAUGCCGAACGCGAGGCCCAGAACCGGCCCGACGAAAAUCGCGAGAAAAUGGAAGAGGACGCCCUUGUGGCCCUGCUAAACAAGACAAAAUUGGGUGGUAAGGAGGCCGAGGCGGACGGAGCCCCGGCAGCUGCAAAGCCCGCAACCGGUGAUGCCAACGGGUCGAGCUCUGAAACGCCCGCAGCAGAGGCGGACGACAAGGACCGUAAGGAUGACGCAAAAGACGCGGACGCACAAUCAACGACCGAGACCCUCGCUACAGACGCAACAGCGGAGACGGAGACUACGGCGGUAAACGGCCGUGACAACGACGGCGCGGCAGAAGGGAGUGUGCCAUCAACGGAAGGUGACGCCGCUGCCUCGCGUGGUAUUGGUGAUGACAUCCACCUGUACGAGGUCUUUUUCGGCCAGGUCAAGCAGCUUGUCUACGCCCAACAUCUGCCGAUCCACGACACGAUCGCGCUCCUUGUGUCGCUCACCAACCUUGCCCUCAACGUAUACCCGAGCCGCCUCGACUACGUCGACCAGAUCCUGGAAUUUGCGGCACAAAAGGUGCAGGAGAACACCAACAACCCCGACUUCCACGGCGCCGCCGCGCAACAAAGCCUACUGGCUCUUCUGCAGGCUCCGAUCAAGCACUACGUCUCUAUUUUCACAGCCCUGGCUCUGCCGACUUAUGUUCCUUUGCUGCAGUCGCAGAUCUACCAGACCAAGCGGGCCGUCGCCGGCGAGGUUGCCCGCAGCCUGCUUAGAAACCAGACACGCAUCGAAACACCCGAGCAAUUAACAAACGUGCUUGAUGUGGUCAAGGUGUUGAUUGUCGAGGCCUCACCGGCACCCCAGGGCCCCCAGCGUGGCCGCCCAUACGAGACCGACGAGACGCUCGAGGAGCAGGGCUGGCUAGCUCGCAUUGUGCACCUACUGCACGCCGAAAACAACGACACCCAGUUCCGCCUCUUGCAGCUGGCGCGCAAAGCCUACUCUGACGGCAACGAGCGCAUCCGCAUCACCACGCCUCCCAUUAUCACGGCGUCUAUGAAGCUGGCCCGCCGCUUCAAGGCACGCGAACACUACGACGACAACUGGGAGUCGCAGUCGUCGUCGUUGUUCAAGUUCAUGCACUCGGCCGUGUCCACACUUUACCAGCGGGCGACGAAUGGUAACACGUCGGGCGGUGGCAGCAGCGGCGGUGCGGAACUCGCGCUGCGCCUGUUCUGCGUAUGCGGCCAGACGGCCGACCUGGUCGGCUUCGAGGAGGUCGCGUACGAGUUCUUUGCGCAGGCCUUUACUGUGUAUGAGGAGGCCAUCUCUGACUCCAAGGCCCAGUUCCAGGCCGUGAGCGCCGUUGCCAGCACGCUGCACCAGACGCGCAACUUUGGCCGCGAGAACUUUGACACCCUCAUCACCAAGUGCGCGCAGCAUGCCAGUAAGCUGCUGCGGAAGCCCGAUCAGUGCCGCGCCGUCUAUCUGGCUAGCCACCUAUGGUGGGCGACGCCGAUUGCGGCCAAUGCCGAGACGGAAGAGAGCAGCGCCGACCUGUACCGGGACGGCAAGCGCGUGCUCGAGUGUCUGCAGCGGGCACUGCGCGUGGCGGACUCGUGCAUGGAGCCGGCGACGUCCAUCGAGUUGUUUGUGGAGAUCCUGGACCGCUACGUGUACUACUUUGACCAGCAGAACGAAUCGGUGACGACCAAGUAUCUGAACGGACUGAUCGAGCUGAUCCACUCGAACCUGGCAAGCAACCAGCAGGAGUCGGCGUCGGUGGAGGCGAGCAAGAAGCACUUCCACCAUACGCUGGAGCUGAUCCGUAGCAAGGAGUACGAGGGCAUUGUGCUGACGCCCAAGUAA